AUGACAAAGCCGUAUGUAACGAAUUGCUUAACGCCCGUGAAAAAUGAUCAAAAAACAAACCUUGAAAAGAUGAAGCAAGUCAAAACGAAUGUCUCGACUUUAGCCAAGUCAAAUCCAUCGGAUCAUAUCGAGCUUGCAAGAGAACUGCUGGCAGAUGCCCUUCGAAGGGAGGCUAGCAUGUCUUCACAGAAAAUAGUCGAACCGUUUCCAGAAGAGCUCGUUACUGAUUCUCUCAAAUGGAGUGAAUCGGAAAGACAAAGACACUUUGAGAAUGGGCUAUCUCUUAUCGCUCAAGGAAAAGUUGCCGUUGUAACGCUUGCCGGCGGCCAAGGAACGCGAUUAGGGUCUUCUCAUCCAAAGGGCUGUUUUGACAUCGGACUGAAGUCAAACAAAAACCUAUUUGAUUUACAGGCAGGCCGAAUUCAAAGGUUGGAAGAGCUGGCUAGAAAAACUUUUCAAUGUAAAUCUCAAAAUGCAGACACACCGUUAAUUAAAUGGGCCGUUAUGACAAGCCCAGCCACCCAUCAGGAAACGGAAAUCAUUGUUUCUCCAGAUGGCAAUGGUGGUGUAUUCCAGGCUCUUAAGCACAGCAAGAUUCUUGAAGCUUGGAGGGAUGCUGGGAUCCUUCAUGUUCAUGUGUAUUGUGUUGACAAUGUAUUGACUCGGGUUGCAGAUCCGUAUUUCAUAUCUGUGUGUGCGCAGGCAAAUACGCCUUGUGGAAUUAAGGUUGUGGAAAAAAUAAAUCCCUCUGAAAGGGUGGGUGUGUUGGCUCUAGGAGCCCGAGAAUCACCGCCCACAUCAUCUGCAUUGAACCUUGGAAUCCAAAUGGUGGAAUACUCCGAACUUUCACCAAAGUUGGCAUCGCUUACAAAGGAGCGCGGCUCCUCGUUAGUAUAUAGAUUUGCAAAUAUUGCAAGCCACUAUUUUUCGCUUGACUUUUUGGAAAUGGCUGCAACAAGGCUUGAUAACUCCUCUAAAGCCACCCAAGCGACAAUCCUACCUGCGCACAUUGCCAGGAAACAUAUUAGAGUCUAUCCUGAUGCCACCGUUUCAGGAUUAAAGUUAGAAAGAUUUAUAUUUGAUAUUCUUCAUCUGCUCCCCUCGCCGAAAGACCUGGCUGUGAUGCUAGUUUCUAGAAAGGAGGAAUUUUCUCCUCUCAAGAAUGCCUCUGUUCCGGGAAAAAAAGAAGAGGGUACUCCAGAAAGCUGUAGGGAUGCACUUUAUGAGCAAUUCCAGAGAUUAUUUGACAAGGCUAACCUCUCCCCCGUCGUUUCUAACGAGGUUGUUGAGAUCGAGCCGUAUAAAUGGUACUUUGGGGAGCCCAUUUCCGAUCUUGACGUUUUAAGGGACAUUUUGGCAAAAAAAUAA